CCGAAAGGCUUCAAGUUGCGCCGUAGGACGGUGGCAGCAGCGGUCUCUGGUUCGUGUGUUAUCUUUGCUCGCGCCCCUAUCGCUGACGUCGUGCUUUCUGCGAGCUCGUGCGUGCGCGUGUGUUGGUGAGCGUCACUUCUGCCGGUGCAUCUCGAGCAGACGAAAACGACCGGGAGUGUGUUUUUUCUGUGUGUCCUUGCGCCCGUGUGAGUUCUUCGUUGGCUGCAUUUCGCCGGUGUUCUUCCGAGGGCGGGUUUUCGUUAUUCGCCGGCUACUGACUUCGCCGGAGCCAUGUUCCUGCUGAGCCGUCGACGCCGGCGGCUCCGAUCCGCCGUAGACGAGCGGGCGGCAUCGCAUUCGCGGAGGCGCACGCACGCAGGAUACGCUGCCGGCGUUGCGAGCGCCGCCUCUGACGAGUGAGCGCCGUGCCCGACGGUGCCGGCACGGGAGAAAGCCGGGACUUGUCUACUACAUCAUCGUCACCGCUCGGCCCGGCGUCCGGGGGUGAGUGAGUGUCCCCGCACCCCCAACUCCGUUCGCCCUUUCAUCGGCUAUUCCUCCGGAACGAGCGUAUCGGGGAAUCGAGGGAGAGAAAUUCGUCCGCCGGCCCGGGCUCAGUUCCAGAGGGUGAAAGAUAAGGCGCCGGCGGCCGUUCGUUCUCGUCGCUCUGGAAGGACGGACUAGGUGCGCCCAUCAACCGCAGGAGAUCAAUCAUUGCGGUUUCUGAUAAAAGUCUUCGAAGGGCGGCAGGCACGCCUUCGAGUUCCGUCCCAUUCCCGUCGUCGUUUUUGACCGACGGGUGAGCAUCGCCGGCGCGGCCCCGACCGCGUCGCCCAUUGGGCCUCUGCCGCCAGUCCGUCCUUAGCAGCGCAGCCGUGGCGGCGGUAACGCUGUCGGGCUGUCCGCACUGCUGCAUGGACGAGGGCCGCUUCUGCGUCCUCUCGGCCUACGACAUGAACGGCCUGCCUUCCUCCCUGGAUACCAGGGGAGGUGGCACGGCUGGCACGAACGCCGCAACCGCCACCACGACUCCUGGUGGCGUUGUCACCACCACCUGCACGGGCUCGACGGGAGGAGGCGACGCCGACCUGGCUUCCAGCUCCACGAGGACAAGAUCUGUGUGUGCCAGGGCGUGCUCCUCCUUCUCCAGGCUCGGGCGGUGGGAGGUGUGGAAGGCGCUACUGCUCGGCCAAGUUCUCUCGGGCCUCCUGUGCGGCACUGGAGUCACCAGCCAAAUCCUACAGUCGCAGCACAACCUGCAAAUCCCCACGGCGCAGAGCUUCGUCAACUACGUGCUGCUGUGUGCGGUGUUCACCACGUGGCUGGCGUGCCGUGGCGGUGAUGCAGGCCUCAUACCUGUGCUCAGAGCCCGCGGUGGACGCUACUUCCUCCUUGCGUUGGUGGACGUCGAGGCAAACUAUCUCCUGGUCAAGGCCUACCAGUACACCACGCUCACCAGCGUACAGCUGCUGGACUGCUUCACGAUUCCGGUGGUGCUGGCGUUGUCGUGGCUGGCGCUCAAGGUGCGCUACCACCCGGUGCACGUGAUGGGCGUCAGCGUGGCGCUGCUGGGCGUCGGCUGCCUGGUGUGGGCCGACGCGCACGAGGCGUCUCACUCGGCGGGACAGGCGUCGCCCUCGGCCAACCGUCUGCUGGGCGACAUGCUCUGCCUCGGAGGCGCCGCACUCUACGGCAUAUCCAACGUGGCGCAAGAGGCCUCCGUCAAGCUCUGCGGCACCGUCGAGUUUCUCGGCGCGGUGGGACUCUUCGGGAGCGUCAUCAACGGCAUCCAGCUGGCCUUGCUGGAGAAGGAAAAAGUGGGCGAAAUUCACUGGGAUGAUUGGCAAGAAGUUUCCAUGUUGCUAGGCUUCUCCGGCUGCCUGUUCCUGCUGUACAUUCUGAUGCCGGUGGUCAUUAGGCUGUCGAGCGCCACAGCGGCGAAUCUCUCCAUCCUCUCAGCAGAUUUUUACGCGCUCGCCAUUGGCGUCUUCGUCUUCCACUACAAGUUCCACUGGCUGUACAUGGUGUCCUUUUGCCUCGUCAUCGCGGGCGUAGCGCUGUACUCAUGCAAGCCCACUCCGCUCGGUCUGGGCCACCGAGAAGGGGACUCCGAAGAAGCGCUGGCCUACGCGCCGUCGGCAGGAGUAGCCGGAGGCGUGUGUCCCGUCACCCAGUACGGCUCUUCGGGCACCGAGCACGGCGCGGGGCCUCUUAUCUCGGUGUCUCACGCCGUGAGCGUACACCACGCCUUCGGCACGGCGCACGAGCCCAGCCCCAAGACCAACGGUGCCGUCUCCUGAUCAUGCGGCUGCCCAGCGCCUCCGCCUGCUACGCCGACGACCAACGUUGCUCAAUGAACCACACCGAUGCCGUGCGCCUUCCAUUUUUUUUUUCAUUACGACGCAGUGGUGUCGUUUCCUGCGCGAGGAGAACGUGACCCCCUUUUUAAAAGUUCGAAAACUGGAACAUCUGCUGUGUCAGUGUGGAUCUUGUGGAACCAACUGGCCCCGCUGACAACGUCAUCAAACCUGCAUCGACGUGCUUUUGUAAGCAUAGGCCAGAUGCUGGUUACCGCGUGAACGAUAAGAAAUAGACUGACCUGGCCAGGAUGGCUUCUCACGAUACUUGGCUUUGUUUAAUGUGCUGUUUAAAACAGACACCACAGUGACAUUCAUGUUUGCAUUGACUGUCUUCGGAAGAAUCUGAUUGAAAUAAAAAUGAGGGAAACUGGUUCUAAUAGAUUAGGUAACGUAAGGGGCAUAUAUUUUAUUUUUCGUUCAUUAUUUGCGGGAAGCAAUUUUCACCUGUGCAUCUUCCUUAAGUUGACUAUUGAGUGCAAGUUCGGCAUUGGUGUGCUUGGUCCUAGGUGAUCAACAGAGUGACCUUGUUUUUUUUUUUUGUCGAGUCGAUGAAAGUUUUCCAAGUUUCGCAGCAAGUUCUAAUAGUGCUUCUCUUGUGGGAAUAUGUUAUUGUUAAAAUAGUCACGAUAUGACUUAUCAAAAAAUAGAGUUUCAUGUGCUACAGAAACAAAAAAUGAUCAUUUCUUGUUUGUUGCUACGAGGGGUGAUGAAAGAUUAUUGUGUAAAAUCGUUCGAUUACUCGAUGUGAUCUCUUAAAAACAAGAGAACGCUGCGUGGACGCGUCUCUUCAUUAUAGAGGCAUAUGUAUGACACAUUUUAGAGCUUGUCUAUGACCUGGACGAUAUGUUUCGAUUCCGGUGCUGUUUGAACACUGUUUGUCGUUCUUAUUGUUCAAGCUUAUCUGAUAAUCUCAGCGUAGUCUUGCUCAACGCCAAUGUUACGUUUCAAAGAGCACCUGUUGCUGAAUCACACAGAAAUUUAUUUUGAUCUAAACUAGUGCAUUGCGAUCUAAACUAGGGAUCGCAGGGUGUUUUUAUGCUUGACCAGUGUCAUCUUGACAACAGGGCUUUUUAUGCUCAGAGCCGUCGACAAAUAUUCGUUGCACCACUUACAUAAAUUAAACAGGUGCUGGAUAAUUUUAAAUGUUUGUGGAGACGUUGGAACAGCCCGAAAGUCAGUGUUAUUUCCAGCCUUUCAGUCAAACAAAUGCGUAACUUAACCUAUGAUUUCUCUGCAGAAGUGGAUAAAUGGUAAGCAGAUAGUGUGUUGAGCGAAGUAAAGUCUUAUAAAGUACAAAAUGUAUUGGUCUUAUUCAUAAGUAAAACGUAGUAGUUGGAAAAAGAAUACCAGCACAAUUUUAAAUGUUUAUGCCAGUUUUUUGUUUCGUUAACUUGCAAGAAAGUAUAUAGAUGCAGUCAAGUUUUUUUUUCUGAAGUUGCUACUAACAAAAGUUUUAGAGAUUCCAGAAUAUUCAGGCUUUUAUUGCUAGUAGCCUUAAAUUUGUGCAACUCGUGUGCUCACCAGAAAUACAUGUUUUGUAGUGUGCACUAUUGCAAACAAGAAAGCAGUGUUCUUUUCUUUUUUGUCUUGAAAACUUAGCCUACUCUAGCAGUCUUGCUAAACAGCUUCUUUUCUAUAAUGAUGUUGAUGAUGACCUCAUAUGAAUGGCGCUCACCCACAAAGGGGGAUGGGCCAAGAACUGGGUGGCAGGAAGCUUAUCUCUGGGAGCAUUUAUAGCUGAUGCAUUGGUCACAAUAUCAGUUUAGUUACCUUAAUCUGCCAGGAAACUCCGCUAACCUGAUAAAGCGAGAGCGGUCUAUGCUAACGAAACUAUUUGGCUCGGCUUCACAAGCAACAUGGUAGACUAAAACUGUGGUCUUAAUGAACAUAUUUUGAAGAUGUUGCACGUGUUUGAUGCAAAAAGAAAAGAAUUGCUUCAUAUAUACUGAUUCUUGUUUGCCGAAGAGAGUUUUGUGAUACUUCAUUACUAUUUGCGAAGAAGUCGCGUGGCUAACUUGUACUUACUCGCAACUGUGUAUGUAAAGGAAAACCAUUGAUUGGCGAAGAAACAAGACUGAAAGUCGUUCAUGGUUUAAACUUUCUCCUCUUGUGUUGCAGUGCUCGUUUGCACGCCUUUAUUUCCCCUUCUUUUUCUACAGUGUAUUUAUGCACUUCUGCAAAUCGAGCCUUUUGUUUCAUAUGCAUGAGUUAGCUGUUGUAAUACCGUAUUUUUUUUUGGUUUCACGAGACGACAGUCACUUGUGUGUAACUUUAAUUAAGGUGUCAAGAUAUUCGGUGCAUUUGCCCUACGUACAUCGGUCAAAUGAACUUACGCGCGAUCUGGGAAAUAAGCUCAUUUCUCACGCUCGACAAAGUACGAAAUAGGGCACUUCAACUAAUGAUUUAAAGUGUGGGUAGACACACUUGAAUGUUUAAUGGCUGAGCAAGCAUGCGUAUUCAUUAAAAAAACAUCACUGACACGGAGCGAAGUAUAAUGCACUUCUUUUUACUGCGUUCUCUCAUUAUAACAAUAAGCGAGACAAGGAAAACUUUAUGUAAAAAUAUCAGUCAAAUACGUCAGGAGUCGCCCGUCACCUCUAGCCAUCGGAUGGAAUCCCUUGAGACACGACAGCAGCAAGGGCUUCACUGAUGAUGUCUCACUCGAUAUUUUGGGGUCCGGUCUGCGAUAUUUCGAAAUGCUGGUGUUUCCUCAUUGUGACUCCGAGUCACACUGCCCUACCGUCCGAUAGCACAGGACCUUCAACGAGCCACCUCUCUGAGUUCUCAGCGUUUGACUUCCACGAAAGCAUCUUCUGCGACUGUGACUAGCGUGCCCCAUUGUGUCGUGUCAUGCACCAAGAAUUCGUGGAUAUGCGGCCCUGCAAUUUAUUCGAAGAGACUGUGUCUUCGCAAAGCGAAUAUCAUCGAAUUUGUGAGCAAAUUCGUUCAGAUGCGAGUUGACAGCACGUCGCGGACCACAUCUUGUUUCCUUCGAAUCACUGGGAUGUGGGUCACAGAUACCGAUGCCGUCAGCAGGGCGUUUGUGGUGUACUGGCUUGUGUGUAUGCUUUUGAGCACGGUGGUUACGGAAACUAUCUGCAAUUACAGUGUUGCAAUGCCUUCACGCAUAAGUUUGUCGAAUUGGUGCUUGCCGCACUUUAGAUAAUGCGUAUAUUAUUUUGUUAGUUUUUGCGUCGAAAAGUCUACUUUCAACGGCCGAGUAAUGAUAAGGUGUAGGGAGUUAAGACUUUGUUGCCAUGCGGCUGCUUUUUUUUUCUUGUUGAUACUUCUCGCUGCUGUGACAUAGCUUCAUUGACGGUAGGAAUUGAAAAUCAAAACUUCUGCAAUAAAGCUCAGAACAAGUGGGAGAACGGUGAUCAGGAACGCUGUGGGGUUUGUAAACGAUUGUUUCUACGAGAAGUGUGAAUGCUACCGCCGGCGGUGUGGUACUGUUACUUGUACAUAUUGCCAUAGAAAAUUUAGGGCAUAGGUUGGUUUAGAACAAUAUUUCUUUUUUCUUCAAAUAUUUGUAGAAUAAAUGACGGUUUUCGUCGAAAAACCAAAACG